AUGGCCGCCUCCGCUUCCACCACCAACGCCGUGGCUGCAAGGACCUGGACCAGGACAGCUGACAACAGUACCAACACCAACAACAACAAUACCAACCCAUUCACUCUCCCGGAACUAAUCCACCGCCUCUCCCGCUUCACGACCCUCGCCGACUCCCUCUCCUGCGUCCUCGUCUCCCGCGCCUUCUCAGAAAUAUUCAUCCCCGUCAUCUGGUUCUCUAUCGAUUUCGACUCCCAACCCAGCUUCGCCAGCCUGCCUCCCUCAACCAUUACAAGAUAUGGGCACCACAUCCGAAUCGCCGAGAAUAUCCAAUCCUGUGCCGAGAUCAGGGUCCUGGCGAACCCGCAGGUGCAGAGGUUGAGGGAGAUCAGGUAUAUGAAUCCCACGGGGUCGAAUCUGCAGCAUAUCUUAGGGUUUGAGAUCGUUGCCAGGAACUGUAGUAGUUUGGUCAGGUUGGAUUUGCUACCGGAUGAUCCGGUGCCUCUGGGGGAGGAGAAUCGAUUGGCGAACUAUAUCCCUGUUACGGCGUUGAUCCCCCCGUUCGGGGCGAUGCAGGAGUCGAGGACCGACCCCCUCGACGGCCACCACCCCGCCCCGUCCCUCCUCCUCCAUUUGCCGCACCUAAAAAUCAUCGAACUCUGCGACCACGAGGUCGAAAACAAUCCCUCCCCUUCCAACACCCUCAACACCAUUCCUCCCCGAAUCAUCCUCACAGAGCUCUCCCGCUACUGCAAAAACCUCACCGGCAUACGAGUUCAAGGCCUCCGGGACUGCACCGAUCUCGUCUCCGCCUUUUGCUCAACACCGGCAACCCGCAAAGUCUCAGAACUCGCUUUUGAUUAUGACCAAAUCUCCCUCGGCAUCAUCACCUCCCUCCUGCUCCACCCACAAACCCUCACCAGCGUGAAAAUCUAUCGCAGCGUAGAUUUUAUCCUCGACCGAGACUCGGUACCAGCGGUGGAGGACCAUUUCUGGGCGCAUGGACAGUUCUUGCAGCUUAUACCUCGAACUUGUAAGGGGCUCAGGAUCUUGGAUAUUCAUUUGCACGAGAUGGAUAUGGAUGUGGUCGAGAUGUGGGAGUGGGUUUGUAAGGAUUUGAGGAAGUUGAGGGUUAGAGUCAAGGGUCUGGAUACGAGGGAUAGGAUUCUGGAGACGAUUGGGCUUUGGAGGAGGGAGUGGAGGGCUCGACGAAAUAAUCUGCCAUCUUCCCUCGAUGUUUCUGACAGCAACAGUAGUAACCAUGUCAACAGCGGACAACAAAACAGCCUGUCGAUCGAGGAACGCGUCGUCCGUCACCUCCUCAAACUGGAGAAACUCGAGACUGUUUGGCUAGGUUGCCAGGACUGGUCUCCCUUCUAA